CGCGGGCGCGUUCCGCAGUCGGUGUUUGGGGCGCUGCUUGUAUAGUGACUCGGUCUCUGCUCCGGGUUCGCUGUCACAGCCCAGCCCUCCCUGGAGUCCGGGACGGACAGGGCACGCGCCUGUGUCUAUGUGUCAGCGGGACUCAGGACAGAGGCGUCCUCUUGCUGCCUUUUUUUCUUCCUUUUAUCCAAAGAAGGGGGCAGUUCUCACGCUUGCCUUCCUGUCGCCCCGUUGGGAGCGGGGUUGGUGUGCGGAGUGGUUCGUCUUUUUUUCUUUUAAACUUGUGAGCGCUUUUUUUUUUUUUUCUUCCCCUUUUUUAGGCUCAGUGCCGUCCGGACUGGUUUCCUCGGUCCCUGACUAACCUCUUUCUGCCCCUUCUCUCGCCACCCCCGCCCAAGGUCGCCCCUCCGCCCUCGCCCCUGGCCCGGGGUGGGUGGGAAGCUUUGCCCGGCUCCCUCCCCACCCGAGUCUCCGCAGCGUAGCCGCACCUGCCUCAAUAUGAACGGGGUCAGGGACCCCCCUCUUUUUAUAAAAGAUAUUAAGCCCGGACUGAAAAACUUAAAUGUCGUCUUUAUUGUCCUGGAGAUAGGACGCGUGACCAAAACCAAAGACGGCCAUGAAGUGAGAUCAUGCAAAGUAGCAGAUAAAACUGGCAGCAUCACUAUUUCCGUGUGGGAUGAAAUCGGAGGUCUUAUACAGCCAGGGGAUAUUAUUCGGUUGACCAGAGGGUAUGCAUCCAUGUGGAAAGGAUGUCUGACACUUUAUACUGGAAGGGGUGGAGAACUUCAGAAAAUUGGGGAAUUUUGUAUGGUUUAUUCAGAAUUGCCAAAUUUCAGUGAACCUAACCCAGAUUAUCGAGGACAACAGAACAAAGGGGCACACAAUGAACAGAAGAAUAAUUCCAUGAAUAAUAGUAACAAUGUGGGUACAGGUACAUUUGGACCAGUGGGAAAUGGGGUUCAGACUGGCCCAGAAGCGAGGGGAUGCCAAUUUUCAUAUGCUGGUAGAAGCAAUGGCCGGGGACCUAUAAAUCCACAGCUACCAGGAACAGCUAAUAAUCAAACAGUCAUGACCACAAUAAGUAAUGGCAGGGACCCUCGGAGAGCCUUUAAAAGAUGACCUUUGCCAAAUACUCGCAUGUAGUUUUUAAACUAUAUGCCCUACUUGAACACUUAAUGCACUUUUAUUUAUUGUUAACUGUGAAAACUGUUCUUUUUCUGUUCUUUUUAUGUUUUUGGUUUGUUAACAAGAGUGGUUUGUUUUUUAUAGAAGAACUAUUAAGCUGCUCGAGUCUCCUAUUGAAGAAUGGGAACACUCUGAAGAAUAGGGGCAUUUAUUUUUAGAGCAAAAAGAUCUUUGGAUAUCCUCUAAAAAACCUGCACCCAUUUCAUGGGUGAGUUACUUAUGCCAUCAGCAUUUUAGCCUCUAUGAGUCUGUCUUCUAUAUAAAUUUUGUAAUAUUUAAAAUAAGGCUUAGUGGGAGACGUUCUUUUGUCUUAAAUACAGAUAUUGCCAACUAAAGCAAUAAUCACCAAAAAAACAAAAAUCUGGUCAAUGUUAACAGCAAUUUUUGAGUGUGACUCCAGGGAAUGAUUGACUUCUUCAUUGAGUGACUGCCAUUAAGAUUUUCCAAGGACUGAAUCAUCCUAAACUCUUGUUUUAUUACCGAAAAGCAUAUUCUUUAUCAGAAUUAUGGAACAGAAUGUGAUCUGUAUUAUGACAAAUUUUUAGAAGGAAUCUACAUUUAUUUUAAAGUAGUCCUAUUAAUAUUUAUCAGCUUUGUGCGUUACACUGAAUGGAAAUUGAAACCUGAGGCCUUGAAUGUUUAUUUUUUGAAACUACUGUGUCAAAUAUUAAAGUUUAAUUUGAGGGAGUUAUGAAGUCAUAAUGAACAUUGAUCUAAUUUUUACAAAUUAUGGUAGAUAAAUAUAAUAGUGAAGGCAAUUCAAAUUGAAUUUAUAUUCAAUCUUACAGGGUCCUGGGUAUUUGCAGAAAAUCAGCCUGGAGUGAAAAUCCUAGGUACUUACUUAUUUGAAGGGAGUGUGUGUGUGUGUGUUUAUUGUCAAAGUUUCUGAACACAUUUCACAAAGCCUUAUCAGCAGAAGUUAAGAAAUGGCUCUCCCAAAGAAGCAAAUACAGCUUUAUUUAGAAAUAUAAAGGUUACAUUUACUCAUGUGAUGUUAAAUGGUGUCCAGUUCCACUUUUCACUGUAGGGUGGAUAACUGGAAAAUUUUUCCUCUGUUAGAAUUAAACUCUUCAAAAUUAUCUCUUGAAUAAAAUUUGCAUUAAUGUUAA